UUAGGUAUAUUUUUAUACUCUUUAAAUAUGUGAAAUGGGAGCUGUUCGCCCCAAGUCUUUUCUACUUGGUGGACUUGUCACUUCUUUUACAUGGAUUGUGAUACUUUAUCUAUAUCUUACCUCAAUGCAGCAGGAUACAAAACUGCUCAAUCCUGCAUCCAGUGCAGCCAGCAGAGGAGUUGUGAAGAAGACAAUGCAGAAGCCUUCAUCAUCAUUUCCUUACCCUAUCAUUGAUCCUGUCUUAGGCCCGGCUCUAGACACCAACAUCGCUGUAGAUGGUUAUAUCAUCAAUACUUCUAAACACAAUGAACUCAAACUGAGUCCAGAAAAAUUAGAAUUCCGCAGAAAGCAGAAGGAGAAAUAUUUGAAGAAGAAACAUUCUCUUCUGUAUUCUCUUAAUAGUCUUUCAUCAGAUAAUCUUUUUCAUAGUCAAAGAGAUGACAGGGACAAGAUAGGAAAAUAUCCUAUGAGUUGGAAUGCAAAGACUGCUUUGGAGUCUCUUAAAGAUAGACUCAAGUCAAAACAGUUCAACCGGAUUCCCGAGAAUUCAGUCAUGAGAACAGAAGCUGCUUCCAUGCAGAGUGGUGGUAUCGCAGAUAUUGGGAUGGUGCACACUAUUGAAGAGCAACAGAUGAAAGAAAAUGGCUACAGUUUACAUGCCUUCAAUACACUCAUCUCCUCAAGGUUGCCUUCCAAUCGCUCAAUCCCAGACACCCGGCACAAGAGGUGCCACAAUAUCACAUAUCCUGACAAAUUACCUGCUGCAUCCAUUGUAAUCUGCUUCUUCAGAGAAGAUUUAUUGACCCUUCGGCGCACUGUAGAGUCUGUGCUGCUGCGCACUCCGUCAAACUUGCUGCAUGAAAUUAUUCUUGUUGAUGACACUGAUGACAGUGCCUACCACUCGGAAGUAUCAACAAUGGUAUCGGCUCUACGCGACGGUGCUGACAAGAUAUCUGUUGUGAAGCUGCUCAGCACAAGCAAGAGAGAAGGGCUCAUUAGGGCACGUGUGAUGGGUGCCCGUGCUGCUACAGGGCAGGUGCUGGUGUUUCUGGACAGCCACGUUGAAGUGAACGUUGGCUGGCUGCCUCCUCUGCUGGCGGUGGUCGCUGAGAACCAAACCCAGGUUGCUAUGCCCAUCAUCGACCUGAUCUCUCCGGACACUUUCACAUACCGUGAGUCCCCCCUGGUGCGCGGUGGGUUCAACUGGGGACUGCACUUCAAGUGGGACAGCAUCCCCAUGGAGCACUUUGCUGACAAGAACAACUUUGCCAGACCUGUCAUGUCCCCGACGAUGGCCGGAGGGCUGUUCGCCAUCAGCCGCGUCUACUUCACGGAGCUCGGCGAGUACGACACCGGCAUGGAGGUCUGGGGCGGGGAGAACCUCGAGCUCUCCUUCAGGUUAUGGCAGUGCGGAGGGAGCUUAUGGCUGGUGCCGUGCUCCAGGGUAGGCCAUGUGUUCCGCCAGCGACGUCCAUAUGGCGACGGCGACAGCGACACUAUGUUGCACAACUCCCUCAGACUAGCGCAUGUCUGGAUGGAUGACUAUAAGGACAAUUUCCUGCGGCUGCACCCGAACGCCUACAGCGUUGACUAUGGCGACAUCAGUGAGAGGCAGGCGCUGAGGCAGCGGCUGCACUGCAAGUCCUUUGCUUGGUACCUCGAUAAUAUAUACCCCAGCCUCUCUCAGAAAGGAGACCCCAGCAGCAGCGACACGGACGCCCUGCACGCCUACGACGCCAACUGGAGGUUCAGCCACCGCAAAAAUAUUGACAAAGUUCGGCUGCGGCUGUUUGGCAGCAGCGAGGCAGCGGGCCUCUGCGUCGAGGCUGAGGAGACCAUACAGAGACGUGGCUCCCUGCUGGUGCUGGCGCCUUGUGUUGAAGAAUUCCCGAAACAGGAGUUCCACCGUAGCAGUGCAGGGGAGUGGGUGUUGGGGGGCUCGCUGUGCCUGCAGGCGCACCACUACACGCCCUCCAUCACCAAGUGCCACCUGCUCAGCGGCAACCAGGACUGGUCCACCAGAACACUCAAAGAACUGAAUAUUGCAGCCGAGACCACAUCUAAUACCCAGUACAAGAGUGAGGUCAGCACGGCUAGUUUGAUUUCCUUGCCUGACCAAAAUGCGCCCUCGCCUGACCAAAAUGCGCCCUCGCCUGACCAAAAUGCGCCCUCGCCUGACCAAAAUGCGCCCUCGCCUGACCAAAGUGCGCCCUCGCCUGACCAAAAUGCGCUCUCGUCUGGCCAAAAUGCGCCCUCGUCUGACCAAAAUGCUCUCUCGUCUGGCCAAAAUGCGCCCUCGUCUGACCAAAAUGCUCUCUCGUCUGACCAAAUAACCCGCAACGACGACAAGGAAGUUGUUCUUUACAAUCAGGCGACCGGGCUAUGCUUUAUA